GGGCUCCCCCGUUGCCUGGUAGAGCCCGCCAUCCAGGCUGCGGACUGCUCAGCGACGCCCAGGAACUGGACGCACUCGAGCCUGCCUUGCCCACUGGUACCAAGCCAGAGAGGGAGGAAGCGGGCAGAGGAGUCGGGCAAUACUGCUAGGGGACUUUACGGCCGUCAGCACCAUGGACAACGCACGCGGACGACCCCAAGCUCGUCUGGACGCUGCUGGCUUCUGGCAGAUCUGGCAGCGCUUUGACAAGGAAGAAAAAGGUUACAUAAGGGAGACAGACCUGGAUGCCUUCUUUGACCAUUUGCUGGCGAAAUCUGGCACUGAGGACACUCUCGUGGAAGAGGAUGUGCAGAAAGUGAAACAACAGUUAAUGACUGCCCAUGAUGUCUCUAAAGAAGGUCGCAUAUCGAUGAAAGAGCUUGCCAGUUUGUUUUUAUCUGAGGAUGAAAAUUUCCUCCUGUUCUUUCGCCUGGAAACUCCCUUGGAUAACAGUGUGGAGUUCAUGCAGAUUUGGCGCAAAUAUGACGCGGACAGCAGCGGCUUCAUAUCAGCUGCUGAGCUUUCCAACUUUCUCCGAGACCUUUUUCUCCAUCACAAUAAGGCCAUUUCCGAGGCUGACCUGGCAGAGCACAGCAGCACCAUGAUGAAGAUCUUUGACAAAAAUAAAGAUGGCCGUUUGGAUCUUAACGACCUGGCAAGGAUUCUGGCUCUUCAGGAAAACUUCCUUCUUCAAUUUAAAAUGGAUGCCUCUUCUACUGAAGAACGGAAGAGGGACUUCGAGAAAAUCUUCUCCCAUUAUGAUGUUAGUAAAACCGGAGCCCUGGAAGGCCCAGAAGUAGAUGGAUUUGUCAAAGACAUGAUGGAGCUGGUCCAGCCCAGCAUCAGCGUUGUGGACCUUGAUAAGUUCCGGGAGAUUCUGCUUCGCCAUUGUGAUGUAAACAAGGAUGGGAAGAUCCAGAAGUCUGAGCUGGCACUGUGUCUUGGACUGAAAAUAAACCCUUGAUCCCCAACUGCUCUGCUCUCUGCUUCUAUGUCUGUGCUCUUGCUGUGAGAAGUGUGUUUUUGCUUUGCUCUUGGGAACCCAGUCCACGGACCUUCUUGCUGAUGGUGUGGUACUCUUUGGCACUUGGUGCCUCCAAACGCAGUCACGAUCCUGUCCCAUAGGAAGCUCCCAUAUAGCUUCUUCUGUGUUCUCUCCUUGACCUUGGCUUAUCUCCUCUGGAGACUCAGUUUACCUGCUGAUCCUCCUCUGCUCAGCCUUCCCUAUCACCCUGUGGUGGCUAGGGAGAGCCCCAUCUACCAUCUCCUGUUUGCCCUUAAGCUUUCUGCUCAGUUAGCGUGUCCCCUGUGCCAUGCUGUCACUUCUACAAAUAUGUCUUCACGUGGAAAUAAAUCUGUAGUCAAGAAUAAAGAUGUACUUGAGUUGUAAA